CAGUAUCCCAAUCAAAAUGAUCCGGUAAUCACCACAUAGAAAAGCCAAUUUUAUUAGUAUGUUUAAAAGUUGUUGUGGGUGCAAAAAGAACGAUAACAAAACAGUCUUAACUAAAACCGCCCCAAAAUUAAAACGCACAAACUCUCCCCCAAAACGAGUUUCAAUCAUAUCCGACGUAAAAAUUGAGAUUUCCGACAACGACGACGACGUCUUUUGCGAAGGCGUUGGACCGCCGGUCAAAUUGGCUGAAAAUCUUGGAACGCCAGAUCAAGUCUUAACAUUGCCCAGGUGGUUCUCGUCCGAUGAGAAAGAAUUGGACGGGAUACAAGAACCACCCGCUACUCCCGUUGGAAAAGACGAACUUGCCCUUCGAAGACAUAGACUCUUUUCUGAACUUCUACAAGCCGCUCAACACGCCAACGAACACAGAGUUCGUUUUGAUCCUUUAGGACCAAAAGUUGCCCUUGCAACUUGUGAAUAUCCCGAGCUAGAAUCGCUUAUAUUACGGUUGGAGGACGUCACAGCACGAUUAGAAUCAUUACACGUUACAAAUCAACUUAUACAUAACAAUAUACAAGAUUGUAUCAAGAUGAGUGUGGAAGGUUUCACGAGUAUUUUGCAAGGGCCAUUCGCUCAAUAUUUAGCCGUAUCGAAGCAAAUUGGUGGCGACGUGGCGCUCCAUAGUGAUAUCGUUAACGCGGCCUUCCAAGCGCAGCUGAACUACCUGACGGUGGUCAGCCAAUCGAAACAGCCUUCUAGUCAAAAUGAUCAAAUCGCCUUAUUGAAGCCGACCAGCGAACAAAUCACCUCCAUUCAGGAGUUUAGGGAGAAACACCGCACGUCUACUUAUUUUAAUCAUCUCUCGGCCGUCAGCGAAAGUAUCCCAGCGCUGGGAUGGGUCACUGUUAGUCCAGCUCCGGCUCCUUAUGUUAAGGAAAUGAACGACGCUGGGCAAUUUUAUACCAAUCGAGUAUUAAAGGACUGGAAAGAGAAGGAUAAAAAGCAUGUUGAUUGGGUUAAAUCGUGGGUUCAAACUUUAACCGACUUACAGGCGUUUGUUAAACAAUAUCAUACAACUGGAUUAGUUUGGGCUGGAAAAGGAACCGCAGUACCACCAGUAGGUUCGUGUCCUCCGCCGCCACCACCAGGUUGCCCACCACCGCCACCUUCUUUAGCGGAUCUUCCUUUAUUAGAAGACUCUAACACAGAUCGAUCAGCCCUUUUCGCUCAGAUCAAUCAAGGUGAGAACAUCACAAGGGGUUUGAAAAAGGUAACCGCGGAUAUGCAAACUCAUAAGAAUCCGACGUUGCGACAAGGCCCGGCUCCGUUUAAGACUCCAGUCGGGGCUACCCAUCUUCAAUCGCAAACAAUGGUCGAUAAGCCGCCGAGUUUUACUCGCGAUGGGAAGAAAUGGCUCAUUGAGUAUCAAAAGGGCAAUCAAAACUUGGUGGUAGAAGGUGGCGAAAUGAACAACGUCGUUUACGUGUUCAGAUGCCAAGAUUCGACGAUUAUGGUUAAAGGGAAAUUGAAUUCGAUCGUUAUGGAUUCGUGUAAGAAAACUUCGGUUGUUUUCGACUCCUUGGUGUCUUCCAUGGAGUUUAUUAAUUGCCAAUCUGUUCAAAUGCAGGUUUUGGAUAAAGUACCAACUAUAUCCAUUGAUAAAACUGAUGGUUGCCAAAUGUAUUUAAGUCCACAAUCCUUGGAGGUAGAAAUAAUUAGUUCGAAAUCAUCCGAGAUGAACGUUUUAGUUCCAAAAGGACAAGGAGAUUAUACUGAAUUCGCUGUUCCAGAACAAUAUAAAACGACCGUAGCGCAAUCCGGUAAAGGUCUUAAUACAAUUAUCGUCGAAAAUAAAGGUUAGAAGUAAAGCGAAAAAAAAUCGUACGUCUUCACUCCCCUGUAAUUCUUAUAAUAUCCGAACAAAAAAAAAUGCGCAAAGUUUUUCAAAUUUUAUACCAAAUUACGUGUAAGCAUUGUGACGUUUACCUAGCCGGUAUAAUUUUUUUAGAUAAAUAAAAACUGUACGAACUCUAAAGGAGUUAUUAAUUAUGGCAAUAUCGCGUAUAAUUAAGUCCUCUUAAUUUGUAGCUUUUAUUUUUUUUUAUUAUGCUCUUAUCCGUCGUUUUAUUCUAGUAAAAUAUCGUUUAAUGAAACUACUUAUUGUAUUGAUAUUUAUUUCGAUCAAUAAAUUUUGAUCCUUA